CAGAACAGUCCAUUUUGAAAAGGCAUUCCUGCAACACUUGGUCAAUGUACCGGAGCUUCAGCUCGACCAGACAGCGGUUAAUGAAAACCUGGUGUCGGCUUUCGCGUAAAGGCGCAUAGUUGGGGGGUGGUGAGAGCCCUGCUGGGUAGUGGUGAGGGGAUUUACGGGUCGUCUGAAUCUUUCCUUUUAGAGAGCUCAGUAGAAAUACAUAAAUCAUGCUUUUUGAAAUACGUGGCUUCAAUUUUUCCUCUUCUGCAAGGAUGUUGGCAGCUCUGGUAUUUAUUCUGCUUUGUAUCCAACCUGGACACGGUCAGACAUGCACAGAAGGUUUUGCAUAUGACCGCAGGGCAAGACAGUGUAUAGAUGUGGAUGAGUGCCGUACUUUGGCAGAUGCUUGCCGAGGAGACAUGCGCUGUGUCAACCAGAACGGCGGCUAUCUGUGCAUCCCGAGGACCUUGUACAACCAGCCGUACAGACCAGACACCCCAGCCCUGCCUGAGCCAGUUUACCCGGACACAUCUGCUGGAUUUUCAGACACAUUCGAUCCAUCGCUUCCCAGAUCUGUGGAGCCCAGCUACCCCAGAGUGAGGAGCACUGCACCCUGCACCCUGGGAUAUACUCUAGCAGAGGAUGGCACCUGUAAUGACAUCGAUGAAUGUGAGACAAAUUCUCAUCACUGUAACCCCACCCAGGUCUGCAUCAAUACGUUGGGUGGCUACACCUGCUCCUGCACUGAGGGAUACUGGCUCAUUGGUGGACAGUGUCAGGAUAUUGAUGAAUGUCGCUAUGGUUACUGCCAACAGCUGUGUGCCAACGUGCCUGGCUCUUACUCCUGCUCAUGCAACCCCGGGUUCAUCCUCAACCCAGACAGCAGGACCUGUCAAGACGUGGAUGAGUGUGAAGAUAUACCAUGCACUCACGGCUGCUUAAACACCUACGGCUCCUUCAUGUGCAACUGUGACGAAGGAUUUGAGUUGGCGGCUGACGGUACUUCUUGCAUCGACUUGGAUGAGUGCAGCUUCUCUGAGUUUCUGUGUCAGCACAGAUGUGUGAACGCCCCGGGUUCUUUCUCCUGCAUCUGUCCACCUGGAUAUUAUGUGUACGAGGACGGCAGGAGUUGUGAAGAUGUCAAUGAAUGUGACACUGGUAGCAACAACUGUACAACAGCACAAGUAUGUUUCAAUUUCCAGGGAGGCUAUAAAUGCCUGGAUUCUUUACAGUGUGAGCUGCCUUACAUCGAAGUUAGUGACAAUCAGUGCAUGUGUUCAGCUGAGAACCCUGCCUGCAGGGACAGGCCCUUCACCGUUUUGUACCGACACAUGGACUUGUCCUCGGGUCGCAGUGUGCCUGCAGACAUCUUCCAGAUGCAGGCCACCACGCGUUACCCCGGUGCCUUCUACAUCUUCCAGAUAAAGUCGGGCAACGAGGGACGAGAGUUUCACAUGAGACAAACCAGCAACGUGAGCGCCACGCUUGUCUUGUCACGGCCCAUCAAGGGGCCCAGGGAGGUCGUGCUUGACUUGGAGAUGGUCACAGUCAACAAUGUCAUCAACUUCCGAGGCAGCUCCAUCAUACGUCUGACGAUAUUUGUAUCGGAGCACCCGUUCUGAGUGUCCCAAAUGAACUUCACUCCUCCCCUUCCCAAAAAAGGUCAACCAUGAUGCAGCUGCACUUAUCUGCAGCUGGUGUAACAUUUCUUUGAGAAAGCUCAUCACCCUUUAAAAAAUAAAAAAUCAUUAUGUCAUCCUCUGUAAAGACAUGUCUGCUAAAGACUCAGCAAAGAU